AUGGCGUCGUGCCUCGUCGUCGCCGCGGACGCGGACGGCGUCGCGCCGUCGAUCCUCCUCACGUGCGGCUCCGGCGCGCGGCGGCAGUACCUGUUCGGCUGCGCGGAAGGAUUCGCGCGGCUCGCGCUCGAAUCUCGCGCGCGGCCGAGCGCCAAGCUUCGCGCGACGUUCCUCUCGAGCUUCCACCCGCGCUCGUGCGGCGGCCUCGGAGGGCUCCUCCUGCGCCUCAGCGCGGACGGGCACGAGCGCGUGCACGUCGUCGGCCCGCCGGGGGUGGGCGCGCACGUGGAAGCGCUCAGGGGGUUCGUGCGGUUUCGGCACCCCGCGGUGACGACGCUGAGGAUGAUGCCUUCUUCGCCGGACCCUGGCAUCGACGCGGACGCGAACGCGCCGUCGGGGCCCGUGGAAGGAGAGGAACUAUUGGAACGGGAACGGGAACGGGAAGGGCCUCGCGACGCCGUGGACGCGCAGGCGCAGAGCUACGUGGACGACUCCGUGCGCGUGUGGCCGCUGUUCGCGGACGCCGGCGGGGACGGACGAUGCGACGCGUGCGAGCGCGCGAGAGAAGACGCGGAGGAGGAGGCGAAAUCGGCGUCGGAGGAGGAGGAGGAGGAGGAGGAGGAGGGGCCGGGGGGCGAGGCGGGGGAAACGUCCGAGGAGGAGGACGCCUACGUCUCGGACGACGCGCGCGACGACGACGACGACGACGACGCCGAGCGCGCGACGGAAGCGGGGGGAGGUAAACGCAAGGCGUCGGACGACGCCGCGGCCGCGCCGCCGGCGCGACCGCGACCGCGACCGCGACCGCCGCCCCGGCUCGUCGGCUACGCGUGCGCGGUUCGCGGCCGGAUCGACGACCGCGCGGUCUUCCUCGUGCUCGACUGCCACGACGACGACGACGCGAUUGCCGCGGCGAAGCACCCGAUCGUGCGUUGCUGCCUCGCGGGGGGCGGCGGCGGCGGAGGCGGCGGCGGCGAACACGCGUGCGCGGCGGUCUUCCACCUCACGCGCGCGGACGUGUCCUCGCGCCCGGCGUACGACGCCCUACGCCGGCCAUCGCGACCGAAGGCGGGUCCUUCCGCGCCGCCAUUUCCGCCGCCGCUUCACGUGGACUGCGUCGUCCCCGGGGAGGUGGGGCACCGCGCCGGCGCGCGGACGCUCGCGCGGCUGCACGCGGCUGACGCGAGCGCGUUUCCGAUGCCGGCGACGCUUCGCGCGCCGUACGCGCCGCCGCCGAUGCCGGCGUCGUCGAGGGCGCGCGCGCGCGAUGGCGUCGCGGGAUCGCUGUGCGCGACCGUGACGCUUAAGGGCCCCGGUGGCGUGAGAGCGCAAGGUGUCGGAGACAUAGUGUCGGAGAGCGUCGGGGAAAUGUCGGAGGUGAAUCACGAGGACGCGCGCGCGGAGGAACUGGACGUCGACGCGACGAUACGCGAGACGCGCGCGCUCAUGGGCUGCGACGACGCGACGACGUCCGAGGGAUUCGCCGAGGGAUUCGCCGAGGGAUUCGCCGAUCGCGAUCGCGAUAGAAUGGACGAAUCAGACGCCGCCAGCUCAGCAUAUUCCGGCGAGAUUCUGUUCCUCGGCACCGGCUCCGCGGAGCCGAGUAAAUACCGCGGCGCGUCCGGCGUCUUAUGCCGACUCCCUCCCUCGGGCGGCGGCGGGUACGUCCUCCUCGACGCGGGCGAGGGCGCGUACGGCGCGAUGACGCGAUACCUGGGCGCGCACGGCGCGCAAAGCGCCGUGUCCAAGCUGAAGGCGGUGUGGGUGUCGCACCACCACGCGGAUCACAUGCUCGGGUUGCCCGGGGUGCUCGCCGCGCGACCGAAGAACGCGCCGCCGUUGCCCGUAGUCGGGCCGCGGUCGUGCGCGGAGUGGCUCCGCGCGUCGCCGUCCGCGCCCGCGGGCGCGGUCAGGGCGUGGCGGUUCGUACACAGUCGGUCGCUGUUCGGGGGCGGGGGCGGGCCGUUCCGGAUGCCGGCGCCGCGGUUCCCGCCGCCGCCGCCGCCGCCGCCGCGACUCGGAGGGAACGGAUUUCCGCCGCCGCCGCCGCCGCCGCCUCCCGCGUCGUCGUUCGCCGCCGAGCUCGGCCUCGCGCGUUUCGAGGCGAUCCCCGUGGAGCACUGCCCCGAGGCUGCCGCGUGCGUACUCGCGACGCGCACGACCGCCGACGGCUCGGCGUGGAGCGUCGCGUACUCGGGCGACUGCCGGCCUUCCAAACGGUUCGCCGCCGCCGCGCGCGGCGUGGACGUCAUGAUCCACGAGGCGACGUUCGAGGACGCGUUGCGAUCGCACGCGGUGAAGAAGAGGCACAGCACGUCCGCGGAGGCGCUGGCGAUCGCGCGCGCGUCCGGCGCGAAGCACGUCGUGUUGACGCACUUCAGUCAGCGGUACCCGCGAGCGGCGGCGGUCAAAGCGGCGGACGGCGGGGGGGACGCCGCGGACGGCGACGACGACGACGCGGGGGACGACGUCGUCACCGCGUUUGACGGGAUGCGACUGCGGUGGGACGCGCUGAGGUCGCUGCCGGGGGUGAUGGGGCGCGUCCGCGCGAUGUUCGACGCGUACGAAGCGCACCGAGCGGCGGAGCGCGAGGACCACUAGCUAGGAGAGAAGACCGUGGCGUACUGUACGUGUACUAGACUCGGGAGCGACGCGGCACAUUUUUUUAUUUGAGAACCGAAACCGGAUGA